AUCCAUAACGAUGAAGACCACCCCGGUCCAAAGUUGAAUCAUCAUGAAGAAAAAACAGCAACAGCGCCUCUUUACUACACACGUAAUCUUCGUAACACAAGGAGAAAAGAGGCACAUUUAAAUCUCUUGUGAAGAGUACAUCAUAUUACAGCGGUGGAGAAUAGAAAAGAAUCAUCAAGAUGCCAUCAACGGUCGUCACUCCCGUACUACAAGGACCAGCAGCUGCAUUGUUUUGGUACGACCCUGGCUUGCAAGAGAAGAGCUGGGCAUCAAAAGUAGAGGGUCCCGCAGUUAAGGCCUCAUAUAUAAGUAACACCAUGAUAGAUCUUCGAUCGUUUAUUCUUCUUUUUCUUUUCUCGAAAAAGAAGAUGAGGUCGCGGGUAGUCGUUCUUUUUCUACUUCCUUGAAAAAGAAGGAGAGAGGAAAAAUCAAUUGUCAGAACCAGUCUCUUGCUCUUCUACGGAUCGUGCUAGCAACUACAGGAUUGUCAGAGAUCCACACAUCUAAUAAGUCAAAUGAUGAUAUCGUUUCUUUCAGCCAACUCGCGUUGAACGUGUUUCCUAAGAUGAUACUGAGCAGAAUCGAGCCCCUCCUUGACAACCAAUUACAAGCGUUCCUUGCCUUCUCUUAAGGCUAGUUAUUUUUCACUAUCCCUUGUGAAGCGAGUUUGCUGAGGUGAGCUCUACGGGUUGAAACAUUUCUUUUCCACAUUCUUUGCUCCCUUAGUAUUUAUUGCUAUCAAAAAACGAAAUGCUUCAGCCUUUGAUUAAAGUGGAACGAAAGAGGGUGAAAGAAGGCAACUCACUGAAGCAGGCAUAGGGAAAAACUACCUGUAAUGAUCAGCGGAACAGGUCAGUGUCAUGCCAGUGCAAACGGUUGUUACGUCGUGCCUUUGUUUGGGAGUAGAUGUAGAAGAAGAACUUGAAUUUCUAUCUGUUUCAUCUACAGUAAGUCUAAGUCGAAUCAGGCUUACAGUUACACAUAUUAUACAUGAUAUAUCUUAUUAUCUUCACCUGUAUUUUGAAUACGACUGAAAGGCUUGAGCGUGUUGCUUCUAUAUAUCACCACGUUGAACGGAAAUACAACCUUCUAAUGUAAGCCAAGCCCCGUUUGGCGCUGUCCUUGGCGGAGAGCAAGCACAGUGUUGCGUGAAAACGGGCUAUAUCCACCAAAGUCCGUCUUUCGUGAUCAAGGUUGCCUCAGGCGGAGCAGGUCACGGGAAUACUGGCUUUCUCUUGUUGUUCUCGCAGAAGACUAUGAAGUUGACCAAAAUGUUGAUGGAUGAGGGAAUAUUAACCGAGAUCCGCACCGCAGCAGCGAGUUGUCUAGCGUCUGGACUCUGCUUGUAUGGAUGUAGUUUAAAAGAGACUAUCCCGCCAUUUUUCCUCCCACAUUUGACAUCAAGACGAGACUACGAUCGAGGCUGUCCUUUUUUAAGUUUGAUGUGAUAGGCUAUUAUUCAAGGGCGGGAACAACCCCCAUAUAGAUUACACACUUUCAGCACUCAAGGGGAAAAGGGAAAUAGGGGCAGCUUCCUAUACGGUCUGUUGAAUUGAUGGGAGGACAAACAGCAAGAUUUUCUAUAAUUUGGGAUUACCUGCUUCGACUGGAGCAGAAGGAGGAAAAAAAGGAAAUGGUGCCGUGGGCCUUACCUCCAGUAAAAAUCCCGUAGUGACAAAGAUCGGCAUAUUGGGUGCUGGUGUACAGGCUGUGUGGCAAUUGCGGCUACUGCAACGCAUGUGGUCUUCGGACGCUGGUGAUGAGCGAAAUCCGUAAGGCUACCACUGAUGCGGGAUCAUUAUAGAAGUGCGAAGGACAAGGAAUAUCGAAUUGAAAAUAGAUACUGAUAUAAGAUAAGAGUAACAUUUUUAGGAUACGUUUGUUGAGUCAACUGAGAAUCUGAGUUAGCAUAUAUCUAAGACGCACUGAUGACGUUUCCUCCAGUCUUACUCUGGUGCCGAGACAGAGAAAAAGGACAGACCUUUAUCAAUCGGAUGCGAUCUUCCGACUUGCCUGGAGAUAGUUAAGGCUACCGCACUGGAGCAUCCUCAGCAUCAUCGAUCCUUGUUGGCCUCUUUUUCAAGGGGAAAAAGAACGACUGCCCGCGAGCUCCUCUUCCUUUUCAAGAAACGGAAAAGAAGAAACAAGGUAGAUGCGCUCACGGGUGCGAGCGCGGGAGUAGCUUUAAAAAAGGGCCAUGGAAAUCGAGUUGGCCUCGACUGUCGCGGAGGUGUUUUCACAGUGCCAGCUAGUACACACUUUGACGGCAAGUCGGGAGCCGCUUGUUCGAGAAGUGGACCUCCCAGAAUUAAUAUGGUCAGAGGUUUACUUCAUUUUUAUCUAUCUCAGAAGCAUUAGCAUUUAUAAUAUUGGUACCCUUUGUUCGCCAGACAGAGUGCAAGGGUAACUAAAAGUACGAAGAUGAGGCGGGCGACAUGAAUUAUAUACAAUUACAAAGCACAUCACUAAUCGCUCGGACUCUUCUAAGAAAAGCAAAAGACGCGUCAAGCUCAAGACUGCACAUUACAUGCGUAGGUGCGGACUCACCGGGAAAGCAAGAAUUGGAAUUGGGGGUUUUGGAGAGAGCGGACUUUUUGCUGUGCGAUUCUUACGACCAAACUUUCCAUCGUGGCGAAUUCCAGAGUUAUGACGCACCUACUUAUGUAUUGUAAGUAGAGUUAGAGAAAGACUGAGUGAAAUGUGCACCAAAGUAGAGGAACAAUUAUCGCACCAAUUAUACAUUAGCACUUAAUAUUGCCCUUUCUGUAUGCACCGUAUCAACACAAGCGGAUGCGGACGCAGUUUACCAUCUCCUCGCUACCCUCGCCACUGAGACUUUGUCUAACAACAGAAGUGUAACAUCAGCUGACAAGUACUAGGAUACAGUAGAAAUGCAAGUCCACAACUUUAUAGCCACCUUCUUUUCUACAUCAUUCUAACAUCACCUCUUUUCGGGACGAAGUCUUCCUUCAGCAGAGGUCCUUUCUAGUCUGCGUAAGAGAUCCAGAUCCUUGGGAUCCAUGGAGAAGGAUGAAGAUAGAGGUAACAACGACCGGGGAUGGGAUGCAGAUUUUCGAGAACAGUUGUAUCCUCUCUCUAGUACUUCUAGAAGUAGUUACAACGAGAAAGACAAAACUUCUCUCGUAAAAACACCUAUCGAAUUGGGCAUAUUCGCUUCGAACCCGAAACAAGUACAACACAGGCUCGGAGGACCCUCUCAUUUUUCGAUUUUUGACACUUCGGGAAUCGCAGUCCAAGACGUUCAAAUCGCUCAACUCGCAUGUGAGAUGUUCGGAGUGGAUUUGUCGUAG